GUCUGUCAGCUCGUUGGGCGCUGGUGAUGGCGAGGCACUUCACGCUCAACACCGGCACUGAGAUCCCCUCGGUGGGGUACGGCACCUGGCAGUCCAAGCCGGACGGGGUCGGCCGCUCCGUUUACGCUGCCGUCAAGGCAGGGUAUCGUCACAUCGAUUGUGCUAGGGCUUACCGCAACGAAAAGGAGGUUGGUUUGGCACUGCAGAAGCUAUUCGAAGAGGGUGUGGUGAAGCGGGAAGAUUUGUUUAUCACCUCUAAGCUAUGGCAUGAUCAUCACGCUCCGGAAGAUGUGCCGGAGUCGCUUCACAGAAGUCUGAAUGACUUGCAGCUUGAGUACUUGGAUCUUUACCUUAUCCAUUGGCCAUUUAGACUCAAGAAGGGCACCGACGCAAGCAACCCUGAAAACUUUGUACGACCUGACAUCCCUGCUACUUGGGGAGCAAUGGAAAAGUUAUAUGAUGCUGGAAAGGCUCGUGCAAUAGGUGUGAGUAACUUCUCAACAAAGAAACUGAGUGACUUGCUUGUUGUAGCUCGUGUACGUCCAGCUGUUAAUCAGGUGGAAUGUCAUCCGGGUUGGCAGCAAACUAAGCUCCACAACUUUUACCAGUCAACCGGUAUUCAUCUUUCUGCAUACUCACCACUAGGUUCACCUGGUACGCCUUGGAUGAACAGUAAUGUCCUUCAAGAACCGGUCAUCACCUCAAUAGCAAAUAAACUUGGGAAAACUCCUGCACAGGUGGCCCUGUGCUGGAACAUUCAGAUGGGUCAUAGUGUACUACCAAAGAGCCUGAAUGAGGAAAGGAUAAAGCAAAAUCUUGAUGUUUAUUAUUGGUCUAUUCCAGAUGACUUGCUUGCGAUGUUUACCGAGAUUAAGCAGGUAAGGCAGUUCAGAGGUGACUUCACCGUCAAUCCACAAAGCGUCUACAAGACCCACGAGGAGCUCUGGGAUGGGGAAGUUUAGGAUCAUGUUUAUCGUUAGCAACCUACGUACAUUAGAAACUUGCACUUCACAUAUACCUACUGUGUGUUACUUUGGAUGUUGGUUAAUUUUUA